AACGCAUGCGUAUAACUGGUCGAAGUAUUGCAGGCGCACGACUCGACAAGCAACAGAGUGCUGUGUACAUCUCCGCCUACGUAUUAUUAUUUGCCUGUCUCAUAACCACGCUUUUUGUUGAUCGUGAUCAACCACGAAUUUUAAGCAGUUUCGAAUCAUACAAAUAAUGAAUUCAUCAUUUGUAAAAGACGUACUGUGGCUUGUUGACAAAACGACGUAAGAAGGCUUUAAUGCAAUACAAAGGCAAGCAUGAUUCUGGCAGGAUCAGACCAUUUUCUGGCGGUACCGGUAGAAGCGACAGCAUUUUUGGGUGCUGUUGCUGGUUUUGUGGUUCUUCUGUUGGCUCUUUUCCUGUACCUAUCACGCAAAUGGUGCUUUACUCCGCCGUCCACGACUACACUUUUCGGCGGCGUUUGCGUGCCUCUUUGCGAAUCUAAUAAUGGCUCGACUUCUCAAAUUACAAAGAACAUAGGAAAGGCAUUUUCCUAUUCGGAUCCAGAGACUAGUUCCGAUUCGGAAGAAGAUGUCCGCCGAUUGAAUUCUCAUUCUCAUCCACCGCCGGAUACUUUAACUAUCCAAGCAGAGGAUGGACCGACUAUCCUGGAUGCUGGCACCACUUCUAGCAGUUGCACAGAAGAACACUCGUCCAAUGAUCAACAACAAUGCGUGGUAGAAGUGGGAGCUUCCGGUCUUGACAGUAGAGAACAAGAAGUAGAAGUGGAGCAAAAUGGUUCAACUACUAACGAUGUUAUUACAACAAUGGGUACUAUCACCGAAGAAGUGGGUAGCUUGGAAGUCGCUUUUCUAUAUGAUGCACCGAUGCGCGAGAUGACAGUUCAUGUAUUGCAAGGCCGAAAUUAUCCUGAAGGUAUAGGCGGCAGUCAAGUUCGACUAGUAUUAUUACCAUCGAAGAAACAACGACGCAAAACUCGGGUGCGUCAGGGUACAUCUCCACAAUACAUGGAGAGUUUUUUACUUCCACGAGUAAAUCCGGAGGAUGUAAAUGCCAUGGGUGUACGCUUAAGAGUAUAUUUAUGGGGCGGAAGAAUGCGUAGAGAAAGAUUGUUAGGCGAAGCAAGAGUCUCUUUCGAUCAAAUUAAUCUUCAGCUUGAAACUACACUUUGGUUAACGCUACAACCUCCACCUUUUUCUUCGGUACAAGAUUGGGGAACAACUAGUAGUUUGACUCGCAGCGAUUCGACAGGAUCACAACAAUCAGUUCAAUCAUAUGCAUCACCUACUGCACGUGUGCCAACUUAUGCAUCGCAUACUAUACCUCCUUAUGGGAGUAGUAUGAAGGGUGGAAGUGUAGCGGAGAUUUUAAUAGGUUUGGCUUAUAAUGGAACGACUGGACGUUUAUCGGUAGAGAUAAUCAAAGGAUCUCAUUUUCGUGGUGGUGGUGGGAAUGACACGAAACCACCUGAUACAUAUGUUAAGCUUGCUCUUGUGGAUAGUAAUGGUCAUGAAAUGGAACGAUCAAAAACUGGUUUGAAACGUGCUCAGCCGAAUCCUCUUUAUAAAGAAACAUUUAUAUUUCAAGUUGCACUAUUCCAACUUGGAGAUGUAACACUCUUUUUAUCGGUUUAUAAUCGACGAAGAGGUGGAAUGGGAAGAAAAGGAAGAGAAAUGAUUGGUUGGCUCAGUUUGGGAUUAAACAGUUCCGGUUCGGAGGAGCUUCAACAUUGGAAUGAUAUGCGUGCAGCAAGGCAACCGACGCAAGUUCAACGUUGGCAUUCGUUGCUACGUCCUUGA